UACUCUUCGUUCCCUCCUCGUACAUCAAUUGCAUAUCCAUACACACUUGCACACACCUCAUACCAUGUCCACGCCUCUCCUCCAGCAAUUUCCUUCUCUUUCAAGCUAUCCUCCCUCAUUUCUCAAAGACCUGCUAUCCUCACCGGAGCUCACAGAAGCAUUCCUCUUCACCCUUCCAGAGGUUCAGCAGUUGGCCGCAGAGGUGGAAAAGCUAGGCAGGGAGAAUGAGGAAACAGCCAGACGUAAUCUGGAGUUGAAGGACGAACUAUUGGCCUUGAGAGAUGCGACGGCACAAUCCUACGCACAUGCCGAAGACCUCAAACGUCAAUGGGCAGACAUUGAGAAAUCACAACAGAACCUUUAUCAGCGAGUCCGACCAUCGUUCCUUCACCUCCGUUUACGACAUUCUCUCACUGCUCAAGACGAGUUAUCAGAAAAAAUUGCAAGCGCCUUUAUAGAAGGCAGAUCAGCAACGAAUAGUCGACCGGGUUCGAGAAUAGACUCUCCCGCUCCUUCUGCAGAGGGAUUACGAGUUGACCGACAGAUUCAAGGCAGGGCUAUAGAAGACUUCAUCCACGAGUUCAAAGCUGCCAGGAAGAUUUAUCAUAAAAGGGCUAUCUGGGCUGAAAGAUGGUCUAGAGGAGAGGUUGCUUGGAGGGAUGAUUAAUCCUGUUGGAAUAUGGGAUUGUCGAGAACAUUUAGCAAGACGGAGUCACGACAUGUGUGUAUGUAUGGGAUUAUGGGUAUUAGU